GUGCCAGCACCUCGGAAGCUGAGACACUCUCUCACUUCAUCUGAAGCUGAAAUGGAUUCCCUGGUAGCAGAAGGGAGGUGGACCCCCUGUGCAUACGGAACUCCAUUGAAGUCAACUGUCUUCGUGGAUCCCAUGCUCCUUCUGCAGGUGGUGAAGGCCAUCAACUCGCUGCUGUUGUGGAGGGUCAUCCAUCUGGGAGACAUGGACCUGAUCAUGGCCAGAUUUACUUCCCUGGGGUUCCCAAACUGUGCCGGAGCCAUUGAUGGGAUCCACAUCUCAAUCUUCACACCGGAGCAUCAAGUGGCCCUGUACAUUAAUAGAAAGGGCUACUUUUCUAUGGUGCUUCAGGCCCUGGUCAGCCACCGUGAACAAUUCACUGACAUUUUUGUUGGGUGGUCGGGCAGAGCACACGAUGCCUGCGUGUCUUGUAAUUCCAGCCUGUGCAGGAAGCUGGAGGCAGGCACAUUCUUCCCCCAUCGUGAAUAUGAAGUUGGGGACAUACAGAUGCCACUGUGCCUCAUGGGGGAUGCAGCCUACCCUCUCAUGCUGUGGCUUAUGAAACCCUAUACCGGCCACCUGGACCCCACCAGGGACCAAUUUAAUGCCUGA